UUUAGGCUCUUGUGUUUUUGCCCAUGUCCAUCUGUCCAGGUGGCGGUGCCGGGCGACAUGUCAUUAAGCCAAAAUGCUCCCUCUCCUCGCUUGCCGAGUCAGACGCCGGCGAUGCAUCAAUUGGCCGUCCAGAAGACCAACGUUAAAGCGCGACUGCCCCCUUUUCCGUCCGUAGGCUCGUACCUGGAACUAAAACCGGUGUCCCACCCCACGGCUGCGCUACGCCUCUCGCCCGACUUCUCAUCACCUAUAAAACCCGUUACGUAUCCCGCCCUCCCCCACUCUUCCAACCUUCCUCGCCCAAAAUGCCCGCCCCUCAGACCAUCCACUCCUCCGGCUUCGAGCCCAGCCUGAAGGCCAACUUCGCUCAUGUCAACCUCAUGGUAGACAGCUUUAUCGCGAAUGCCGAACCUGACGACCUGCGCGCCAUCCUGCGCACGAUGCUCAGCAGCUGUCCACCGAGCACGGCCUCCGCCUUCACCGCCGCCGCACGCAAGCGGCUCGAGCGGCUCGCGCAGACGAGCUCAAGACACCCAACACCAACGACGACCGCGCCCUCGACGCUGUUCGCGACGUACCCCGACGGCGGCGCGACGCCCUCGCCCUCGCUCGACGGCACGCUCCGGCGCGCACGCGCCCUGUACGGCGCCGGCAUGGGCUUCGCGAGCCUCGCCGCCCUCACCGCGAUCGCCCGCGGCACCCUCGGGCUCCGCUGGGCCCCCGACGGCCCGAUGGCAGACACGCUCGCCGCCGUCGACGCGGACAUCGCGCAGGCGCUCCAGAGCGCGCGCGAGGAGUACGGCGCGGGGCGCGUGGCCGACCUCGACGCGGCGCGUGCCACCCUGCGCGAGCUCGAGGAGACCCUGGCCGCGAGCCAGGACGACGCGGUGCGGUGGGGAGGCGAGUUCCCGUUCGAACGCGCCUUGGUCGACGUCCAGCAUUGGAAAUUGUAG